GAGCUUUAAACCUGCAGCAGGUCUCUGAACGGGAGGUGAAGUGGAGAUGACAUCAGCGUUCAUCAUGCUUCCAGGUGCCCACGGAGUGCGAGAGGAGCCUCAGUUUGUGACGGCACGUGCAGGAGAGAACGUCAUCCUGGGAUGCGACGUGUCCCACCCCCUGAACGGCCAGCCCUACGUGGUGGAGUGGUUCAAGUAUGGAAUGCCCAUCCCCUUUUUCAUCAACUUUCGCUUCUACCCUCCUCACGUGGACCCAGAAUAUGCCGGCCGGGCCAGCCUACACGGCAAGUCCUCCCUGCGGAUAGAGAAUGUGCGUUCAGACGACCAGGGCUGGUACGAGUGUAAGGUGCUGAUGCUGGAGCAGCAGUAUGACACCUUCCACAACGGCAGCUGGGUGCAUCUAACCGUCAACGCCCCCCCCACAUUCACAGACACACCACCUCAGUACGUGGAGGCCAAGGAGGGGGGGAGCAUCACUUUGACCUGCACGGCCUUCGGUAACCCCAAACCCUCGGUCAGCUGGCUGCGGGAAGGCAGCCUCAUGGUCAGCAGUGCCAAGUAUAAGGUGUCCGAUGGGAGUUUGACGGUGCUAUCCAUCACCCGGGAGGAUCGCGGGGCCUACACGUGUCGAGCCUUCAGCCCCCAGGGAGAGGCCAUUCACACCACACGGCUGCUAGUACAAGGCCCUCCAUUUAUCGUAUCACCACCGGAGAACAUUACAGUGAACAUCUCGCAGGACGCCUUCUUCACCUGCCAGGCGGAGGCCUACCCCCGCAACCUGACCUACACCUGGUUCUGGGAGGAGGACAACGUCUUCUUCAAGAAUGACCUGAAGCGCAGAGUCAGUAUUCUCAUCGACGGUUCCCUCAUCAUCGCCCAAGUCAAGCCAGAGGAUGCUGGGAAAUACACCUGUGCACCCAGCAACAGCCUGGGCCGACCACCAACUGCCUCUGCCUACCUAUCAGUGCAAUAUCCUGCCCGUGUGGUAAACAUGCCAUCUGUCAUCUACGUGGCCAUUGGUCUGCCUGGCUUCAUCCGCUGUCCUGUAGAUGCCAACCCCCCCGUAACUCUGGUUAAGUGGAAGAAAGAUGGCCUCCCUCUACGGAUAGACAAGUACCCUGGUUGGAGCCAAAUGGACGAUGGGAGCAUCCGUGUGGCAGAGGUGACAGAGGACUCUCUCGGCACCUAUACCUGCAUGCCUUACAAUGCCCUGGGUACCAUGGGAUGGUCCCCUCCUGCUCCCCUGGUGCUAAAGGACCCUCCCAAAUUCUCAGUGGUUCCUGGAGGGGAGUACAGGCAGGAGGCUGGGAGAGAGCUGGUCAUUCCCUGUGAGGCAGAGGGAGACCCCUUUCCCAACAUCACAUGGAGGAAGGUAGGGAAGCCCAGUAAAAGCAAGCACAAUGUUCUGCCCCGAGGCAGCUUACAGCUGAAGUCACUCACAAAGGAGGACCACGGGGAGUGGGAGUGUGUCGCCACCAACGUUGCCACGAGCAUCACUGCCAGCACGCACGUCCAAGUCAUAGGCACAAGCCCCCACGCCCCCACCGGCGUCCACGUGGCGGCCUCCUCCACCUGGGCCAACGUGUCCUGGGAGGCGGGCUACGACGGAGGCUUCCAGCAGACAUUCUCAGUCUGGCUGAAGAGGGAGCGUUUAGGUCCACAUGAUUGGCUUUCCAUACCCGUGCCUGGAGGCCACGACUGGAUGGUGGUGCCCGGCUUGGAGCCAGAGACAACAUACCAGUUUAGCGUUCUGGCCCAAAACAAGCUUGGCACAGGCCCCUUCAGCGAGGUUGUCACUGUGAACACACUAGUAUUUCCUAUAAGUACCCCUGAACCAUUGGUGCUGCUUACCCCACCACGGUGCCUCACAGCCAAUCGCACGCAGCAGGGAGUCCUGCUCACCUGGAUCCCACCUGCCAAUCACACAGCACCUAUCCAGCAUUAUGUCAUGGAGUUUCGUCUGGGAGAACGAUGGGAGGUCCUGGACGACAGCAUUCCCGCCGGGGAGACGGAGCUGCUGGCCCGAGACCUGGUCCAGGAGGCGUGGUAUGAGUUCCGUGUCAUGGCCAUCAUGGACGACAUGAUCAGCGAGCCCAGUAACGUCGUAGGAGUGUCUAGCACAGACUUCUUCCCUCCUCCGGAGCUGGUGGAGGAACGUGGACUGGCGCGACCGGUGGUGGCCGGCAUCGUGGCCACCAUCUGCUUCCUGGCAGCAGCUGUUCUGUUCAGCACCAUGGCUGCCUGCUUUGUCAACAAGCAGCGCCGGAGGAAGCUCAAGAGGAAAAGAGACCCUCCUCUGUCCAUCACCCACUGCAGAAAAAGCAUGGAAACCCCGUCAUCUUCAGGAAAGGUGAGCCCAGAGAGCGUUCGUUCAAAGGCUUCCCCAUCAGAAUCAUCUGAAGAUAGUCAUGACCAGCGUGGAAAGAAACCACCCCCAAGCCCAGGGAAGAAGGAGGAGCUAUCACUAUACAAGAAGACCAAAAGAGCAAUAACAAGCAAGAAGUACACCAUCUCCAAGCAUGAAGCGGAGGCAACCACACCCAUUGAACUCAUCAGCCGGGGCCCAGACGGACGGUUUGUCAUAGAUCCAACUGAUGCAGAAAUGUCUGUCAAGCCCCGGCGAAUCGAGGGCUUCCCCUUUGUGGAAGAAUCAGAUCUCUAUCCUGAAUUCCGACAGUCAGACGAAGAGAAUGACGAUCCCAGGCCUCUGCCACCAGUUAUGGCCCCCCUUCGGCCUCACCAGAUUUCCCCAAUCUCAAGUCAGGAAUCUUACCUGCAACCUCCAGCCUACAGCCCUCGUUUCCACAGGCCCUUCGAAGGUAUGACCAUCAUGGAGAGCAGUCGGCUCCAGGCCACAGGGCAGAUCCGAGGUUCUCUCCACCACAGGGCUUUCUAUGGCUAUCUGGGCCCCCCUGGAGAUCAUGAUCCUCCUCCUCCUUUUUACAUGCCUGAUACCAGCCCUCUCAGCUCCGUCAUGUCCUCCCCUCCAUACCUUGCUGAAGGUCCUUUUGGUCACCCCAUGAUUCCUGAAGAAAUGGGAGAGGGUGAUUUUCCACAGUAUGCUGUCUCUGGUUUCCCCCUUCCUCUGACCCUCACCUCCUCCUCUCGGUCACCGGAGAUCUGGCAGGGACUGGAUUUCACCUUUGCAAGUCUGGAGGGGCCCCAGUUCAUUUUUCCACCGCAUCACCCUUUGCAUCUCCGCCACGACUCCCCCUACCCCCCUCCGCCUCAUGUUCUUCCCCUUAGUGCUUUUCAGCCGUCCCCCCUUCCAAUGCCCACCUACCCAGCUGUCCUGCCACUGGAAGCCCCAAAGAGCCAUUCAAGCAAGUCUCCCAGCAAGGUCAAGCCUCAUGGCUCCCCAGCCAAGCAUUUAGCUAUGCAAGAGGCACAUUUAGGGCAGCUAAGACACACAAGCCACGGUAUGGGUGUGCCAGUUUUGCCUUACACCGAUCCAAUGGCCCAUAUCGUCCCUAGCACAUUCAGUAGCUUGGACACGCGAUGGUUUGAAACCACCCCUCGUUUCAGCCCCAGACAGGCUCGUAGGAUGGAUCCCGGCAUGCAGCAGGUGGUUCUCCAGCCCUCUCGACUCUCACCGCUCACCCAAAGCCCCCUUAGCUCUCAUGAGGGUUCCCCAGAGAUUGUAGUGCGUCCCAGGCCACGUCCCAGCAUCGUCCACCCUCCCAUACCCCCAGAGAUGUCUGAGAUUACACUCCUCCCUCCUUCCACAGCCAGCUUCUCCAGGAGAUCUUCCCCUUCCUCCUCACCUGCCCUAGGCCAGGGUAGCAGGAGAGCAAGCCCCAGCUACCGUUCCCACAUGGCCUUUGCCACCUCUGCAACCAGCUACCCAGCUUCCCAGUCCCCAUCACCCCCCAUGGAAAGCAGCAACAUAUUUGGGCAGAUGCCAUCUCAGAGGAGGACUGAGGAGGAGAUCCUUCCAUCUGAGCCCUCUCCACCCCAGUUGUCAGCUUCAGGAAAACGUCGAGGUGCGCCGAGUGCCCUUUCGGGGUCUGAGAGGAUUGAUGCACUGAGAUACCAACGUAUUAAAAAGGCCAAGAAGAUGACGAUAAACAACAAUAACUCCAAGACCAGAAAGAAAGCAGGUGUCUCCACCUCUCAGACCCAGCAGGCCUACACCUCUCAGGUACUCCAGCCCGAAGAAGCUCUCUACCUCCGCAAGAAGAAGAAACGGCCCAUCCUCCAUGACCCAUAUACUCGCUUUUCUGCUCUGCUGUACCGCCGCCCACCUCGGGAGGACCAGAAGGCUAUUUUGGCGAGCAUGGACAACAUAGACCUAGACCAUGCCACCCUGCUCUGA